AUGUUGCUUAUAUAUUUGGUCGGUUUGUUUUGCGGUGUGAACAGCGCGUUAUUUUAUGACUCUUAUACAGGAACAGAGAUUACGAGGGAAGAUGUGAAAAAGCACGAUAAAGCAAAUACAACAUUUUGGUGCGUGAAUGAGAUCGAACCAUGCAACCCUACAGAAGGACGGCGGGUCGAUGGUUCCUGCAAUAACCUAAAGCAUCCCACAAGAGGAGCUAUGCACACACCCUUUAUAAGGCUUCUUCCAGCUACUUUUGACAAAAACUUCGAACCAAGAAAAUCAUCAUCUGGCAAAGACCUGCCUCUCGCUCGAUACCUCAGGACUCGCCUCAUAUCAGUGGGCAAAGUUCCAAGCACAAUCUUCACGAUGCUGGCUGUGCACUACUUUGUAUUCAUGUCUGCUGACGUCGUCUCCUUGCAUGACACUGGUAGACAAUCUAUUCAUGUGCGUUCCUAA